AUGAUGCAAGAGGCGGGGCCAGAGGCGCCGAGCAACGGGACGACAAAUCAGAACGGGGUGGUGGCCGGCGCUGAGGGCGGGGCUAGAGACGUGCGGGCAAAAAGUGCCACACCUUCUUCUGACAUCACGGCCGCUGACCUUGUGAACUUUCAGCAGCAGCAGGCUCUACAAGUUGCAAGACAGAUCCUUCUACAGCAGCAGCAGCAGCAGCAGCAGCAGAGUGGAGCCAUCAAAUCCCCGAAAAGCAACGAGAAGCAGGCCUCACUACAGAUGCCUGUGUCAGUGGCUAUGAUGACACCGCAGGUGAUAACUCCUCAGCAGAUGCAGCAGAUUCUCCAGCAACAAGUCCUGAGCCCUCAACAGCUCCAGCUCCUACUGCAGCAGCAACAGGCCCUCAUGUUACAGCAGCAGCAACUCCAGGACUUCUAUAAGAAGCAGCAGGAACAGCUCCAUCUCCAACUCUUCCAGCAACAUGGCAGCAAACAGCAGAGCAAAGAGGUGUCGGCUCAGCAGUUGGUCUUUCAGCAGCAGCUCCUCCAGGUUCAGCAGCUGCAGCAGCAGCACCUGCUCAGCCUGCAGAGACAAGGCUUGCUGUCCAUCCAGCCCAACCAGAACCUGCCUCUGCACUCUCUCACUCAGGGCAUGAUUCCAGCUGAGCUGCAGCAGCUGUGGAAGGAGGUGACGGGCGCUCCCGUGAAGGAGGAGAACAGCGCCAGCAACAACGGCCACCGUGGCCUGGACCUGACCUCCGCUUCACCCGCGCCUCCCAAAAACCCCCUCCUCAACCAGCACCCCACGACCAACGGCCAGUACAGCAGCCACACGCUCAAGAGAGAGAGUUCAGCGCUGGAUGAUCACUCGCACCACAGUCACCCUCUCUACGGCCACGGCGUGUGUAAAUGGCCAGGAUGUGAAGCCGUGUUUGAGGACUUCCAGUCUUUCCUCAAACAUCUGAAUAACGAGCACGCGUUGGACGACAGGAGUACAGCCCAGUGCCGGGUACAGAUGCAAGUAGUUCAGCAGCUGGAACUGCAGUUAGCGAAAGACAAAGAACGCCUGCAAGCUAUGAUGACUCACCUACACGUCAAGUCCACGGAGCCCAAACCCACCCCACAGCCACUCAACCUGGUUUCCAAGUCCGUGCCUGAGGCCUCGCCGCCCCUCAGCCUGCCCCAGACGCCCACCACACCCACGGCCCCACUCACGCCCCUCUCCCAAGCCCACUCGGUCAUCACACCCACCAGCUUACACACCGUGGGGCCCAUCCGCAGACGUUACUCUGACAAGUACAACAUGCCCAUAUCCCCAGAUAUUGUUCAAAACAAGGAGUUCUACAUGAAUGCAGAUGUACGUCCUCCGUUCACAUAUGCAUCGUUAAUACGGCAGGCAAUACUCGAGUCACCGGAAAAGCAGCUAACACUAAACGAGAUAUACAACUGGUUCACGCGAAUGUUUGCGUAUUUCAGGCGGAAUGCAGCUACGUGGAAGAACGCAGUCCGGCAUAACCUUAGUCUUCACAAGUGUUUUGUGCGAGUAGAAAACGUUAAAGGGGCGGUAUGGACCGUCGACGAGCUAGAAUUCCAAAAGAGAAGGCCUCAAAAGAUCAGCGGAAGUCCAGCUCUAGUGAAAAAUAUUCAGACCAAUCUGGGAUAUGGUCCUGCCCUCUCAGCUGCCUUCCAGGCUUCAAUGGCAGAAAACAACAUACCUCUAUACACUACUGCUUCCAUCGGAAGCCCCACUCUUAACUCGCUUGCCAACGCUAUCCGAGAGGAGAUGAAUGGGGCCAUGGACCACGGCAACAGCAACGGUAGUGACAGCAGUCCCGGACGCUCCCCCCUGCCAGCUAUGCAUCACAUUAGCGUUAAAGAAGAACCACUGGACCCAGAAGAGCAUGAAGGCCCUCUGUCCCUCGUGACGACAGCCAAUCACAGUCCAGACUUCGACCACCACAGAGAUUACGAGGACGACCACGGGAACGAGGACAUGCUGUAAGGCCUCUUUCCCUCGGGUCUUCCCAGGAGGGGCCAAACUUAAACUGAAAUCAUCAUCAAGACCACUCCAGGCCUAGCAAGCCCAAGGCUGGAUUUCCCAGUCCUUUUUGUUGACAGCUAUAAAAUAAAAUAAAAAAAAAAAAAGUUCUGAUUUACUCUUAGUGCCAUUAAACAUGAGAUAAACAUGAUAUGAGAAAAAAAAAAAGAAUCUAUUCCAUUUGGGAGUAUUUUUGAUUUGUUUCUACUUUUUGGGUUUAAAGACAAGACCAAGUGCAUAAUUUCUACUCGCGUUCGAUAAGGAGCCAUUUGGUACUUGGGGACUACAUCUUCACAUUGCCUGGCCUGGUGAGACCAGAGUGGACACCAAUGUGAAAAUGAUUGCAGAGAAAGACUGCCCGACUGCCCUCUGAGUCUGCGCAACACUGAUUACAAAACUACAGAGGAGCACACACUCAGAUUAUCAGCCCCCAAAUGGACAUGUCCUUCACCCAGAGCGUGUGUGCAAAGGUGUAUGUGAAUUUAGUUAAAUGUCACUGCCUUCACGUCAUCUUAGGUUUGCUUCCGUCACCGCUGGGAGAUAUUCAGUAAGUCUGGUGGUUUGAGGGCGAAUAAUAAAAAACUUUGUGUCCCCUCUGUUGUUCUAUGCUGUUAUUUGCUAUAUUAUUAUUUUUUUUUUGUUGGUUUUUGUUUUUCUGAAACUGAUCAGACCUCAUGCCCAUUGUUGUGGAGAUUCUGUACGAUCAGCACUUGAUAAUGAAUGUGUAUAGUUUCUUUCCGUGAUGUUUAAUUCCAAUUUUCCUUUCCAUUUUUUUUUCCCAAACAGAGGAACAGAAUGUCACGUUUUACCAUGUAGUAUUUUUCUGUCAUUUAUUCCUCGUUUCAGAUCGCCACCUCACCGUCUCAGACGUACACAUACACACACAGACAGACACAAGCAGUUGAAGUCCAUCUGCAAAUGCACUACUCGUAAUGAAGGCUCUCUUUCCACGCAUCAAUGAAGUUUAAUUUUCACAAGGGAAUGAAUGACAGAGAAAUCAACGCAGGUUACGACUUAUCAUUAUAAAAUUAUACUUUCAAAAAUCCCCCUUUUGUGGCGCCGUGUUAGCUGCAACCGAAUCGCUGAUCAAAAACGCUGGUGUGAAGGGGGGAAAAAAAUUAAAUGUCAGAAUAGAGGAGGAAGCAGCAGCCAAGAGAUAAUAGUUAGACAAAAACUAAUUGUGAUUCCCAAACGAAACUGUCAGCAUAGAUUAAACUUUCAUUUCUUUACUUUUUUUUUUUCCAUUCCGUAAUUUAUGGACUGUCUGGCAAUGCCAGAAGACUUUAAAGUGCAUUCCCUGUUGUUUUAAUGUCUCGUUUCCCCACAUCACUAAGCAGCCCACUCCCUAUGUUAUUAGCAGUUAUUAUUAAUUACACAUGGGAUAUAAAGGUUAAAGGGAUUACAAGCCAAGGCUGGCAUUAGAGGCCUUGACCACUGAGCAUUACAGCAAUGGGGGCAGCCCACUCUAACCACAUGCAUCUAGCCGCAUUACCUUGGAAGUCGGUAUGAAGUUGGUUCCACACUCACAUUAGUCAAACCCAGAAGAACCUAGAGGGGGGGCAGGACUGCAGUAAGCAGCUGCUCUGAUUCCCAACUGCCUGCAGAAGUUAAAAAACGAGAAAAAAGAAAGAAAAAGAAACAGAACGAAUGAUAAGGCUCAUCCAAAUUUUGCGUAUCUGAUUUACGACUGCAACCACUUUGUUUUUAUUUAUUAUUUCCUUUAUUGUUAUUGCUUUCAUUUUUACUCUUUAAGUUGUUGAUGUGUCCGUUAUCAGUGACUACCAAAGAUAAACUACGAGUUAAAAAAAGGAUUUUCUGUUUUCCAUGCAAUAGAAAACAAGGCCAAAUAUCCUCUGCGUUCUCCUGCUGGAUGCAAAAGAGUAGACGACACAGUUUUCACUGUGUCUUGCUUACGGUGAACGAAUUCGCGAGCUGUUCGACUUUUACUGAAGUUUAAAGCCAAAGGGGUUGUUCGAUGGGCAGCUGAAAGUCUUUGCCUUUGACCAAAAUAGGAGAGGAUAGGCAGAGACUGGGACAAACACAUGACCAUAUCAUAGAAAUGAUGUCGCUGGGCCAAUGUAAAGUUAAAAAGGAGCAUUCUACCAGGAAAUGACGGCUGUAAAAGAAAUUCACGGAUGAAUUUGUCUGGAAACUAGGUUCACUGUUGUCAUGGUGUGACUAAAAUGCAGGAAGGGGAAAAGGUUUGCAUACCACAAUGUGAAAGAGAUAUAUAUAUAUAUAUAUACUUCAAACUGGACCACACAAUGAUGACAUUUUAUUUUAUUUUAUUUUUGGGUUGUCUUUUUUUUUUUUUUCCUCUGAAACGAUUGUAUGCCACUUACUAUGUGAAUCCAGUCAGAUUUCCUUUUGUUCUUUGUUAACCAUGGUAAACGCUUUAUGAUUGUGUUUUAGGUUCUGUCAACUUAUUACUUUUUAUAUUAAAAAAACACUCCUGUCAACUAAUAAGCUGGGUACAAGGUACUUUAAUGGCAAUUACUUUUUUUUUUUUUUCCUUUGUAAACUCAACCAUGCAUUUCCUAUUAAGUAUGAGUAAGUAUGGCAAUCUGUGGUUCAUGAAAUAAUAAAAAUAAAUAAAUAAAUAAAUAAAAUAAAUAACAACGAAAAAGUACAUCCAGGCAGCUGUGGAUCAGGCUUGGGCAGCCAGAGAGAAACUGUGAGAAAGAUAUGCAUUCAUCCAAAGCCUAUCUCUUAGGAGUUAGCUUGACAUUCUAGACGGGGGGGGGGGGGGACGAGCAGGUAGAUAAGAUCAUUCUCCGCAUGUGUAGCUCGACGUUACUAAAGUAAAGCAGCAUGAGAAAACUGUUAGUACGCAUACCUCAGUUCAAACCUAUAGGGAAUGAUUAAACAAAGAGGAAAAAAAACAACAUACCAUUUCACUCGGUUGCACUUAGAGUCGUAUGUCCUGCAUGUUUAGUCUAAAACUGUAGCAAAGGAUAUUUUAAGAAAGAGUUAAGAAAAAAAAAAAAGAUAUAAAAAUGCAAAAAAUCGAUUUGUUCACGCGUUCUUUUUUUUGUUUGUUUAGCAAACCAAUCCAAACCUCAGGCCUUUUUUUAAAAUCUAAAGAAAAGUUGCUCACUGUUUCUUUUUUUUUUUUCCUUCCUCCCCUUUUUUCCAAACAUGGUAUGCUGUUUUAGAGACUUCGCUUUUGUGGGCUUUUAUUCCGGCAAGUUGUACAUACAUCACAUUAUAACCCUGUGUUCAUUGUUUUUCUUUUCUUUGCUCUUUUCGAAGAACAAAAUGUUUGUAUUACCAUGUUUGCUUUAUCGCAACUGCUUUGUAUUGACUAUUAAAAAAAAAAAAAAAAAAAAAAGACACAAAGCAAUGACAAACUGCUGUAUGUAUUGGAAUAGCAAACUGUGCUGCAAAUAUAUUUAACACCGUAAUCCUUGCUUUUUACAAAAAAAAAAAAAAAGAAAAGAAAAGAAAGUCAGACAUCUGUGAGAGGGGAGAGAGAGAGAGAGGGGUGGGAAUGAGUUGGGGGAUAAUCCCAGAUUUUUGGAUUUUGAAAACUGUAAAAUAGAAAACAGGCUUGUCUGUUAUCAUUGACCUCAGCAUUUUGUACAGAGUCCCCCCCCCUCUUCUUUGUGUUAAGCUGUUUUUGAUACUUCCUUCUUUAAGCAGCCCAGCCUCUGCCUUCUGCGGCUGUCUGGUCUAGAUUAUGAGCUCAGAGAAAGGGCAGACAGGUGUAUUUCCUCAAAGGGAAAUCUCUUGCAUGACUCAAGACAUACAGAGCUGUGGUAAAGUGGUUGGUAAUAUAUCGUGGUGUAUCUAAUAUUUUAUAUAAAACAGGAAAAAGACAAAAAUAUUGCAGUGCCAAGAUAUAAAGACUCUGUUACGUCGCUUUCUUUUUCAUCUUGAGCCCAUUCAUGCAAGUUUAGGUGAAACGACAGAUUUUGUUUUCCUGUUUUUAGUAUUUUAAAAAUGUUGGAAUAUAUUUUUAUCACCGUUAUGUUCUUUCUAAUUGUACAGCUAGGUAACCCAAGCACAUUAAGUGAGUAUGGUAUUUUACAUUGAGCACAUUUAAAGGUUGAAGCACUGAACAUCACAAACUGUUCUUUUCCUUUCCUUUGGCAUCUUCUCAUUGCGUUAAAUAUCAAAAGGUGCAAAUGUCCCUCAACCUCUGUGUGCUUGAUUAAGAACGCCUCCUCUCGCCCCACACUCAACCCCUUCGUAAUAAUUCUGCCCUGAUUACGUAGACCACUCAUCCCUAUUGGUGAUAUUUCUCUGCUAUGCUGUACAACCGCCCUCCUGGUCCCUUUCGCAAGAUUAAAGGUACAGUUUGUGGAAAUGGCAAAGUGUUUUCAUGGCCCACCAGACCACUUGAUCACUGUCAAGGCUGUAAACCUGUACAGUAAUGCAAGGUCCUCCCUUUUAUGUCUUUUCUCUUCUGUUAAAGAACGAAUUAUUCUCAUCACCCGCUUCAUCAGUCUGUAAUCCCUCCUUCACUCCCUUGUCUGUUUUCCACAGACUAUUAUGUUAAAGUCGGUCUCGGCGACUGACUGGAGCGUUCGAUAAAAAUGCAAUAAAAAUGCUGGUUGUUCA